UGAUAUUUUGAAAAAAGAGGGACCAUUUCUGAAAUUAGCGAAGCGAAACGAAGAAGAAAAAGUCGGUGGUGAUGAGCAUGGCGAUGCAUCUUCGCCUUGGGAGAUACGCCUCUCUCAAUUCCCUCUCCCUUCUUCUCUUCCGCAACUCACCGCUUUCCACCGUCAGAUGCGCUUCCUCUUCUUCUUCUUCGCCGUCAUCUUCCGGUAAUACAAAGCCGGAUAAGAAGAAGCUCGGGGAUCGUCUUUCGUCUGUAAUCGACACCGUCAACGAUCGCAAACUACCUCCCGAACUUCGCGGCCAGCGCAACAACGUUAGGUCAGAAACUGACUUGAUCAAUGUUGUUGAGCAAAGAAUAUGGCAUUCAAUGGAAGAAGGCCAAUUUGAGAACUUGCCGGGGAAAGGAAAGCCGCUUAAACUUGACACAAAUCCUCAUGCAGAUCCAGCUGAAGACACGUUAUACAGAAUCCUCUCGAAGAAUGGAUGUGCACCGGAGUGGGUUGAACUUAACAAAGAGAUAAGAUCUAGAAUAUCUCAAUGGAGGAUGUCGUUGAAGAAAGCUUGGGCAAAUAAAUGCAGCGGAGAUCAGUCUAUGUGGGUUGAAAGUUCGGAACCUUUGAAAUCGCAGUUAAAAGAAAUCAAUGAUAAGGUUUUCCGGUAUAACCUCAUUGUUCCAUUUGGUCGGCAAAUGUCUGGCCUUAAGUGGGAGAAAGAGCUAAGUUAUUUAGAAGAAUGAUGAAACUCACUGGUUAGCAUGGUAGUCAAAAUCUCAAUUUGAAUUGUAAAAUCUCAUGAUUUUGUGAUUACGCUAGCCCUUGGCGAUUUAUAGUAUACCUUUGAAACAUUUAUGUGAUUAUGCUUAUAAAUGAAUGUAAAUUUAUAUAAGUAUUUGAAGAA